GCUGCAAUGGACAUAGAUUUUCAUGUGUGGAUCAAGACACUUCUGGUACUUUUGUGUGUGAAUCAAUCAGAGGCCUCUCUAGUGUACAACACAAGUGUGGCGUGUCCUGGAGAGGCAGUUCUCUUCACAUGCUCUAUGCCUGGUACCUCAUUGAGAUGGACGGUGAAUCCUCCAACAGCAUCUAGCUUGUCGUCAGUAGUACAAACUGAUGCAUUCUUUCCCUCACAAGUUGGUCGAAGGACCACAGUUGGUUCUGAUGUGCUCAUGUUUGAGGCUGUUCUUGUGAGCAAUGAUGGUGGAACUCUGACGUCCACUCUCAUCAACCUCAGUGAAGUGUCUGUACUGGAUGAUAGCAAUGUCACAUGUACUGUUACUGUUAGUGGUGGUGCUAUGCCAAUAGAGUCACAGAAGACCAUUACAGUUGCUGUUGGCCCAACCUCUCUUCUUAAUCUAAGAAUAUCCUCCAUUCAAAAUCAAACUGACUCCUCCAUUAUCACUCUGGACUGGGACCCUCCCUCCUCUACUGGUGGUGUGUCUGCCAGCUAUGUCCUCACCAUCUCACCAACACCUCUUUCUGGGUCACCAGUCACCUUGGAGACCACCUCCACACAGAUCACCCUCUCUUACAACACUCCCUACAAUGUGACAAUCAGAGCUGUCAACUGUGCUGACAAUAGCGAUGAUGUAAUGACGAUGAUUCUUCCUAUUGUUACCUGCCCCUCCAACCCAACACCUGCAAACAGAGUGACCAUCAAUGGUGCUCCACCACUGCCUGCACUAGUAGGAUCAGCACUAAGCUUCACUUGCCAGCAACCUGUGAGAAUGAUGGACAAUGGUCACCUGAACCUACCACUUAUAACUGUUCCUCAGACAUCUCUUGUGACUCCCCUGCUGCACCAUCCAAUGGCAAUGUGAACAUCAAUGGUGGGACACCACCCUUCUCAUUGGGCUCGAUGGUAAACUUUCGUUGUGACGAGGGCCUGUUCCCAGCUGGUGAUAUGACCAGUACAUGUGAGAGUGUGGGUGGAGUGGGAACUUGGAAGCCGGG